GCGACGAUACCUGUGCCGCUGUUCCCCUAUCAGAUUUCACCUCUGGAUCCUACUAGCCUACAAUCAUAGCACCGAGCCAUGUCUCGUAAUGCUCGAAAUGGCAAGAAGCCCGUCGGUUUCGCGACACAGCUGACAGCGGGAGGCAUCGCGGGAGCUAUGGAAGCGCUCUGCUGCCAGCCGCUGGAUACUAUCAAAGUUCGAAUGCAGCUCUCGCGGUCAGGUCGAGCUCCUGGAACAAAACCACGCGGUUUUAUCGCCACCGGUGUCAUGAUCGCACGGCGCGAGACCCCGCUUGCGCUUUACAAGGGUCUUGGUGCCGUGCUCUCUGGAAUCGUGCCAAAAAUGGCCGUCCGUUUUGCAUCAUUCGAAACGUACAAGGGAUGGCUUGCGGAUAAGGAAACAGGCAAGACCAGCGUCGGUAACGUCUUCAUAGCGGGUCUCGGUGCCGGCACGAGUGAGGCGGUCGUCGUCGUCACCCCAAUGGAAGUCGUCAAAAUACGUCUGCAAGCACAGCAGCACUCUCUUGCCGACCCGCUCGAGACGCCGCGCUACCGGAACGCUGGCCACGCCGUGUACACGAUCGUUCGCGAAGAAGGCGUUGCAACGCUCUACCGUGGCGUGUCGCUCACCGCGCUCCGGCAGGCGACGAACCAGGGUGCAAACUUCACCGCGUACCAGGAGCUCAAGAAGGUUGCGCACAACUGGCAGCCGGAGCUGCAAGAGUUGCCGAGCUACCAGCACAUGAUCAUUGGCCUCAUCUCGGGCGCCAUGGGUCCCUUCUCGAACGCGCCAAUAGACACCAUAAAAACACGUUUGCAAAAGGCCACCGCGGAGCCGGGCAAAUCGGCCUUCCAGCGCAUCCUGGCCAUCGCGCAAGACAUGUGGCGGCAAGAGGGUGUCAAAUCGUUCUACAAGGGCAUCACGCCCCGCGUGCUCCGUGUCGCACCCGGGCAGGCCAUCGUCUUCGCUGUGUAUGAGCGCGUGCGCAAGGUUAUCGAGACUUUGCAUGGGUCGGACCAGGACGACCUGUACAGCGAGUAAUGUAGAUUGUAUUAUAUUCGUCCUGUAUAGUGUUAUUUGCAUUAAUGGACUUCGUACUGUGG